AUGGAAACGCUGAAGGAUGAUGAAAUUGUCGCUUUUUUGAGUGAUUUUGACGACGAAGCAAGUGAUGAUGGUGAUCCAGACUUUGAGCCAGAGCUACUUCAACGGAACAUAUCAGAGGAUGACAUGGAUACAGAUGUAGAGCUGAGUAAAGAAAUAGAGAUUCCUCUUGAACAAAAUAAUUACUUUUGUAAAGAUGGUAAUAUAAAGUGGACCACCAUACCACCAAAUGGAAGAGAAUUACUUCGAGCCACAAAUGAAAAUGUGAUACAUGAAAGGACAGGUGUAACAGCAUAUGCUGUUCAACGAAUCUCCGAAAUAAGAGACUCGUUUGACUUAUGCAUAACUACAACCAUGAAGAAAGAAAUAAUUCGUUACAGUAAUAUGCAAGGCAAUGCUGUAUAUGAAAAUUUUCACUGUAUGGACGAAAUAGAAUUUGAUGCAUAUUUAGGUUUACUGAUGCUUAUUGGUGUUUAUCGUUCGUAUGGUGAAAGCAUUAGUUGCUUGUGGAAUGAAAAUCAUGGCCGUCCAUUGUUAAGAGCUGUUAUGACCUUGGAACGUUUUACAAUUAUUUCUCGUGUCCUUGCAUUUGAUAAUAGACAAGCCCGAAGAUCACAAGUCCGCGGACACAAGCUGGCACCAAUUCGUAGUUUUUAUGAAAAGUGGACUAAAAAUUUACAAGUACUUUACGUUCCCAAUGAAAAUAUUACCGUUGACGAACAACUUAUUCCGUUUCGUGGUAGAUGCCCAUUUAAAGUUUAUAUGCCCAGUAAACCAGGUAAAUAUGGAAUGAAGGCAUGGAUAGCAGCUGAUUCUGCAACUGCGUUUUGUCUACAAUUUCAAAUAUACCUUGGAAAAACUUCAGAUUUGCCUGAAAGAAAUCAAGGUGAACGAGUAGUUUUAGACCUAGUGUCACAAUAUACUGGUAGAAAUGUAACAACCGAUAAUUUUUUUACGAGUCAUAAUUUGGCACAGGAAUUACUAAAGCGAAAAAUUACUUUAGUUGGCACUGUUCGAAAGAAUAAAAGAUUUUUACCGGUUCACUGCACAGUAAAAGAGUUACGAAAACUACCCAUCUAUACUAGCAAGUUUUUCUUUCAUGAAAAAGAGACAAUCGUACAAUAUGUGCCGAAGAGAUAUAAAAUAGUUACUUUACUGAGUGGAGUUGACACCAUGGACCAAAUGGUCCGCACGUACUCAUGUAAACGUAAAACAAACCGUUGGCCAGUCGCUUUGUUUUCUAAUCUAAUUGAUAUUUCCGCUCUAAAUGCAUUUAUAUUGUGGACAGAGAUCAAUCCAAAUUGGCAAAGCAGAAAAUUAUGUAAACGUCGGAUUUUUUUGCAAGAAUUGGGAGAAAGUCUAGUUCAACCGUGUAUUUUACAGCGCAAUCAUAUGCCUAGGUCUGAAGCCUCUGCCGCUUUAGUUCGUAAUGUUCAACAUGAAUAUGAGACACCAUCUAUGUCCUUAGAACCACCGCCAAAAAUAUUACGUUCUAGUGAAAGAAAACGAUGUCAGCUAUGCCCUUCUAAACAGGAGAAGAAAACCCAUACGAAGUGUAAUGUAUGUCAUAAGUUCGUUUGUCCUACACAUCGUGAAACAAAAACGAUCACAACAACUUUUUGCAUCGAUCACAAGCAAUAA